AUGAUCGACAAAGUGUUGGAGCAGUUGUUCUUGAGUGGAGCCUUGGAUGUGUAUGGGGAAGCUGCUGCUAAUAAAUUGACCGCACAUCGGAUAAGUCACGUGCUUACACUGUCCAUCACCCCAAUCCCGGAAGAGCGACAAGUAGACGGCGUUUGCUACACUUUUAUACAAAUGGCAGACAAUUUGGCGCAGGACAUCGUCGGUUCAAAAAUUAUUUCCGAUGCUACUCUGCUAUUAGAACAGGCUAUUCUUGAUGGCGGGAACGUGCUUGUACAUAGUGAAGAAGGAAAUUCCCGAGCCCCCGCCAUCAUAGCCGCCUUUUUGAUGCAUAAAUACAAAUGGACUGCGGAAAAGGCGUUGACCUUUGUUAGAAUGAAGCGUCCGACGAUAAACCCCAACAAAAGCUUUGUCGACCAGCUCAAGAUAUACGCGCAUAUGCAUUUCCAUAUCACCGAUCGGGACAUUGUAUGCUCGAACGAGUAUCGAUCAUGGAAAACACAGAUGGUUACGAAAAACCUUGAAAUGUGCUCAAACGCUCAAAAGGAGCAUCAUUGGGGCGCGCCGGUGCACAAGAAACAUUCGGAAGAUGGGCUGCCGGCUGUAUACAUCUCUGAA